GAGUCAGAACUGCGUCUCACGACCUAGACGCCGGUUGCUGAAGGAAAGCGAGCGAGCGAUGCUGCCGUCGCCGCUUCCUGAUUGGCUGUGCGUUGAUCCCUCUUCGUUCUGAUUGGCAGCGGGUGAGCUAGAUGAUGCUGAGCAAAGGUCUGAAGCGCAAGCGGGAGGAGGAGGAGGAGGAGGAGCCGGAGAAGGAAGCCUUGGCAGUCGACACCUGGUGGCUGGAUCCCAGGCUCCCAGCAGUGGCACAGGCACCCCCGGCUGUGCCCUCCAAUUCCCUCUUAGACCUCUCGGUGCUCAAGCUCCACCACAGCCUGCGGCAGAGUGAGCCGGACCUGCGGCACCUGGUGCUGCUAGUGAACACCCUGCGGCGCAUCCAGGCAUCCAUGGAGCCCGAAGCUACCCUGCCCUCCGUGCCCAGCCCGCCUGAGGCCCCUGGCGUGGCGGCUGACAGCCUGCUGGCCAGCUCAGACGCUGCCCUCUCAGCCUCCAUGGCCAGCCUUCUGGAGGACCUCAGCCAUAUCGAGGGCCUGAGCCAGGCCCCCCAGCCCUUGGUGGACGAAGGGCCGCCGGGCCGCCCCAGUGGCGGGGCCCCACCCGGCCUGGGUGCCUUGGACCUGCUGGGCCCAGCCACUGGCUGUCUGCUGGACGAUGAGCUCAAGGGCCUGUUUGAGGACAUCGACACCUCUAUGUAUGACAGCGAACUUUGGGCACCAGCGUCUGAGGGCCUCAAACCCGGCCCUGAGGAUGGGCCUGGCAAGGAGGAAGGUCUGGAGCUGGAUGAGGCCCAGCUAGACUACCUCCUGGACGUGUUGGUGGGGACACAGGCGCUGGAGCGGCCACCGGGGCCGGGGCGCUGACCCCCACAGCGGAGAUGGUGGUUUGGUGUCCAAACUGAGCCUGGUUGCUAGACUAACUGUCCUUGGAAAGACACAGCUAACUUCCCUAGAACGGAGAGAGGGGCUUUGGAGAGACAGAAUCCGUUCCUGAGCAACUUCACCUCUGUCCUCUUGUCUAGGGCUAAUGAGGGGAGUCUGGGACUGGCCCUUGGGAGGGGAUGACAGGGCCCGGUGGCUGGAAUGUGAUUUGGACCAGGCCCUGUGCUGGACUGAAUCGGCGGAGGUCAUUCCCGGGGAUACUUUUUCUGUGAUGUGGGACGAGACUGCACCAUUUUCUGGAAAUUAAAA